AUGGUACGAUGUUGUAACGGAGGCUUAUUUUUUUGUUCGUUUCUCUGUUUUGUAAUCCGUGGUCAUGGACAUGACCAGGAUGAACAACAUUGGACAAUGUCAGCCAUCAUUGCCUGCCGCAAAUUGCAGACACCAGACUUAGUUCAAUUGUUUACGUUCUUCCUUUCUACUUUCAAUUUACAUCUGUUGAAGAGAACAAACAAACUUUUAUAUUUGCACACGAAACGCUUAACCCGAAAAAAUAAAUUGCAAUUAUAUCUAUCUAUAUAUCUAAAUCUAUCACAUGCUGUUUCUUUCUUGCUUGCAUUCCUUCCUUCCUUCCUUACUUCUUUUCUUUUUUCUAUCUAUCUAUCUAUCAUCUAUCUAUCUAUCUAUCUAUCUAUCUAUCUAGUUAUUCCUUUCUUCGUCCUUCCUUUAAAUCUAUUUAUCUAUAUCAUGUUCUUUCAUAAUCAUUUCUUUCAAGCACUCCUCCCUUCGUAUCUAUCUAUCUAUCUAUCUAUCUAUCUAUGCCAUAUUGUUCCUUCUUUGCUUCCUUCAUUCCUUCUUGCGUUCCUCUAUCUCUCUUUCUGUUUUUUUUUUUCACUAUCUACCUCAGUUUGUUCUCUGUCCAUUUAUGAAUCUAUCGCUGUCUGUCCCCCACCCCACCUCUCUCUCUCUCUCUGCUCUCUCACUCUCUUUCUCUCUCUCACACACAGACACACACACACAUCUCUAUCUAUCUAUCUAUCUAUCUAUCUAUCUAUCUAUCUCGGUUUUUUACUAUCUCAGUCUAUCUAUCUAUCUGUCCACGAAAUACCUAUUUUUUACCUGUUUUUCUCUCAGUCUGUCCACUAUCUAUCUAUCUAUCUAUCUAUCUAUCUAUCUAUCUAUCUAUCUCAGUUUAUUUUCUGUCCGCCUAUCUAUCUAUCUACUUAUGCCAUUUAUCCAAUAUCUCAUUGUUUAUUAUCUAUCUAUCUAUCUAUCUAUCUAUCUAUGUCAGUUUAUUUUCUGUCCGCCUAUCUAUCUAUCUAUCUAUCUACUUAUUCUGUUAUCUAUCUAUCUAUCUAUCUAUCUAUCUAUCUAUCUAUCUACCUCAGUCUAUAUACUAUUCAUCUAUCUAUCAAUGUAUCUCUUUAUCUGUCUCUCUCAGUAUUCUGUUCACUAUCUAUCUAUCUCUCUCACUCACUCUCUCUCUCUCUCUCUCUAUCUCUAUCUAUCUAUCUAUCUAUCUAUCUAUCUAUCUAUCACAGUCCGUUCACUAUCUAUCGCAAUCUGUUCACUAUCUAUCUCCUUUGGAUUAGUAUCUAUCUAUGUAUCUAUCUAUCUAUUUCUGUUAUCUAUCUAUCUAUCUAUCUAUCUAUCUAUCUAUCUAUUAAUACUUACUCCAUUUUUAUUGUUUCACACCACUCAUUACUUCAUCAAUCUCUCUCUCCCUCUCUCAUUACCCCUUACCCCUCUCUCUCCCUCCCUCCCUCUCUCUCUCUCUCUCUUUCAUUAUAUCACUCUCUCGUUCUCAAUCUGUCUAACCCACCCACCUGCACUGCACACCGAGACUUCUUUUUUACUUUUGACUCUCUCUCUCUCUCUCUUUCUUCUUCCUCUCCUCUUUUUCUUUCUUUCUUCUCGCUCUUUUUCUUUCUUUCUUCCCGCUCUUUUUCUCUCUCUCUUCUUCUUUGCGUCACUUUUACUCUGUUUUAUUCCUUACUUUGCUUUUCAUUUUAUUCCUAUCUUCCUCCCGUCUCUCUUUCAUUUCCUCUCACUUCUUUUUGCCUAUCUUUCUCUAUUCUCUCAUUCUAUUUUCUCUUUCUCUCUUCCUCGCCUCAUUUCCCACUCUCUCCCUCCCUUUUCUCUUUCUUUCAUUAUCACUCUCUUUCUCUUCCCUUUUCUCUUCCCCUCUAUUACUCUCUGUUUCUCCAUCCUUUCUUUUUCUCUUUCUUUCUUUUGACGUUUUUUUUUCUCUUCCCUCUUUUUACUUUUUCUCUUUCUCUCUAUCUCCGUCCUUCUUUCUCGCUCCCACACCUCUUUACCUCUUUCUUUCUCUUCUCUUUUUCUCUCUUCCUCAAUCCCCACUCCUGUUUCUCUCUUCCUCAUAUCUUUCUCUCACCCUCCUUUUCUCUUUCUCUCAUUACACUUCUUCCUUAUAUGCUUGUCCUCCUCCUCUCCUUUUCUUUUUCUUUUUGUACUUAUCUUUCUCUUUUUCUCUCUUCCCGUUUCUCUCUCUCUCUCUCUCCUAAUUUAUUCUUUUUCUCUUUCACUAUCCUCUUCUCUUUUUUUCUUUUUCUGUCAGUCCUCUUCUCUUUCUUCUUUUCUUUCUCCUUCUGUUCUUUUGUCAGUGAUGUUGACUCUCCAAUUUGA